UAAACCCUGUGGUUUUAAGAAAACAGCAUUUCUAACCUAAAUGAAAAAUCAUCGGCCGCUCAGGUGGCGCAGCAGUAAAAACACACGCUGGAACACCAGGGCUGGGAUCUCGAAUACAUCGUAUCGAGCAGAGCAGCCACAUGAACAAUGAUUGGCCUGUUGUUCAGAUAUGGGCAGAAUAUUAAAGCCGGAUAGGGACUCUCUCAUAACUGAUGCAGUUACGACCUCUGGAUGGAAAAGAGUGCUGAUCAGGGUGUGUCUCUCCGUACACAACGCUGAGCUGCACUGCACUCGUCAAAGUGUAGGUGACAAAAUGCAUAUGGCUGCUGCCCACGUGUCGGAGGGGGCGUGGGUUAGCUUUGUUCUCCUCAAUCAGAGUGGGGGUGAGCAUUGGUGGAGAGGAAGCGUGACGCAAUCGGGCAAUUGGACGCUCUAAAAAGGGAGAAAAAGGGGAAAAAAAUCCAUGAAAGUUACAUCAUUUUUGUGAUCGUCUUAACUGUUUAGUAGCAGCUCAUUGACAAAAUACUGUUUGCACUAGUAAAAAAUAUUAAUUGUUUAUUGUUGGUAUCAUCCCAAGGAACUAAGAAAUGCAAAGAAAUAUUUUUUGAGACCAAUAAAGGGUUAAAGCUUUUAAAAGUCUUUAUAGGAAGUCUGCGCUUCAGAAAACAGUUCCCACAUUCCAUCACAAACCACCCAGGAUUUUAAAACCUGCUUCAUGUAGCUGCAUAGCUCCAGGUUUCUUUUAUUUUGUCCAUCACCUGCACGACACCAAUCUGUGAGGCUUAUCAAAAUUAGCUCGUUCACAAGUGGUGCUCAGAUCUUCGGCCUGCCUACAUCCCAGCUGCCUGAGAUGUGUCCCAAGGUGCCACCGCGCCAAUGGCUUAUUCACGCCACGCUGCGCCUCUUCACUGGUGAUUAGGUGCUAAUUGUGGUAUCUCCAUGUCCUUCAGUGUGUGGAUCAUCUCAGGCAUCCUGUCUCUAUGACGCCGCAUGAGCGGGAAGUCUGACAGUGACGCCCGGGCACAAGUGUCCGCAGGAACCCUUCUUCAGUUACCGUCUUGACUGCCAGUCUAUUUUUGGGCCCUUAACGACUGGUGCUGCCAGCUACAGGAGAACCACAAGGCUUCCCUCCCCUCCGUUUUUGAAAAAGGAGCGUGCAGCAGCGCUGACCCCAUUUCAAUUCGGGUUUUUCUCCUCUCCUCGAGCGAUGGAAGACAGUCCGCUGCAGGUGCUGCAUUUCCCCACCACUCCGUAUCCUGACCAGAGGCCCGGCACCGGUGGCCUGAGGAGGAAGGUCUUCGUGUUCAAGUCCAAGAUAAACUAUCUGCACAACUUCGUGCAGAGUGUCUUCUCUUCUAUUGACCUGCGAGACCGCCAAGGCUCGACCGUCGUGGUUGGAGGAGAUGGGCGUUACUUUAACACGACUGCCAUCCAGGUCAUCGUUCAGAUGGCCGCAGCCAAUGGGGUAGGUCGUCUGGUGAUUGGUCAGAACGGCUUCAUGUCCACACCUGCGGCGUCCUGUGUGAUCAAGAAGUUUAAGGCUAUUGGUGGAAUUUUGCUCACUGCCAGUCACAACCCUGGAGGACCAGACGGCGACUUCGGCAUCAAGUUCAAUACGGCUAAUGGAGGUCCUGCACCCGAGGAUGUGACUGAAAAGAUCUUCCAGAUAAGCAGAAGCAUUGAGGAGUAUGCAAUCUGCCCUGAACUCCGAGUGGACCUGGCGACCAUCGGCAGGCAGAGUUUCGACCUGGAGAACAAAUUUAAGCCAUUUACAGUCGAGAUUGUGGACCCGGUGGAAUCGUACGCCAACAUGCUGAGGAACGUCUUUGACUUCGCGGCACUGAAGGAACUGCUGUCCGGCGAGAAUCACAUACGGAUCCGCUUAGACGCCAUGCAUGGAGUUGUUGGCCCGUAUGUAAAAAAGAUCCUGUGUGAAGAGCUGGGUUCUCCUGCCAACUCAGCCAUCAACUGCAUCCCUCAGGAGGACUUCGGUGGUCAGUGUCCAGAUCCAAACCUGACCUAUGCUACUGAUCUGAUUGAGAGCAUGAAAAGUGGCCGGUAUGACUUCGGAGCUGCAUUCGAUGCUGAUGGUGACCGGAACAUGAUUUUGGGGAAGCAUGGAUUUUUCAUUAACCCCUCCGACUCGGUUGCUGUCAUUGCUGCAAACGUCUUCUGCAUCCCUUACUUUCAGCACAUGGGGGUGAGAGGCUUUGCUAGAACUAUGCCCACCAGUGGAGCACUUGACAAUGUGGCUAAAGCUACCAAGAUUCAGCUGUAUGAAACGCCGUCAGGGUGGAAGUUCUUUGGAAAGCUAAUGGACGCUGGCCGACUUUCUCUCUGUGGAGAGGAGAGCUUUGGCACAGGUGCAGACCAUAUCCGUGAGAAAGACGGGCUUUGGGCCGUGCUCACCUGGCUCUCCAUUCUCGCUAACAAAAAGCAAAGUGUCGAGCAGGUCAUGAUCCAUCACUGGAAAACCUACGGCAGGAACUAUUACACCAGAUAUGAUUACGAGCAUGUGGAUAUAGACACGGCAGUGGAGAUGAUGCUGGAUCUCGAGGUGAUCAUUACAGAAAAAGCUUUUACUGGGCAGAAAUUUACCAUCGGAGACAAAACCUACGAAGUGGAGAAAGCCGACAACUUUGAGUACAGCGAUCCGAUAGACGGAAGCAUCACAAAGAACCAGGGCCUGCGGAUCAUAUUUAAAGGUGGUUCACGCAUCAUAUUUCGUCUGAGUGGAACCACUUUAAGUGCCACCAUUCACCUCUACGUCGACAGCUAUGAGAAAGAUGUAAACAAUCUCUUCCUGGACCCACAGGUGAAGCUGGCCGAGCUUGUAAAUAUCGCGCUUAAGUUAUCCCAGCUGUGUGAGAGAACGGGAAGAAACACUCCCACUGUCGUGACAUGAUGUACAUUUAUGAUCGUCUUUGUGUAUUUUUUUAAUAAAACUACAUUUUGAAAGAGUU